CAUCAAGAUUAUGUGUUAGAAUGCAAUUUGAUCAUUGGAAUCAUGCAAAUUUGGUCUUGUUAGCUUAUGGACAACAGACUGGCUUUGUAUGGCGAAUUCAAGACAAAUAUCUUGAUAAAAAUGGGGGAGUAUAUAAGCAAUCAGUUAAAAUAGAAUGUACUUGUUUUAUUAAUAUGUGUUGGCCACUUAAAUCACCAGGACCAUCUAUUACUAAAAUGAAUCUCGCAUAUUAUGGUCAUACACUUAAUUCUGAAACUAUUAAGUUUGCAAAUAUAUAUAGACAAUUUCCUCAAAAUAUUAUAGAAUUUAACGCUGAUAUGUCAUCAACUCAAAGAGUGGAAUCAAUAAAUGCUAUUGUUCACAAAUAUGUUAUUCUCAUUCAUCACUAUUGGAAUGCUUUAAUGGUAUACAAAAUAUGCUCUUCUCUGAACUUCAAAAAGCAGAAUAUCGGGAUUACUUGUGAUUUACCUUUUAGCAUUGCUUCUUUUUCAGCAGUUCGUGUAUUUUCUAAAUUAGUGGAAAGUUUUAAAGAGUUUUUAACAGAUGAAGUAUUCCAUAUUCAAAAGGCUCAAAUUGAUAUUGAUGAGUUUGAUACCUCAGCUUGUAUUGAGGAUUCUAUAGAUAAAUCACAAGUUGCACUUAAAUCUCUCAUCAACCAUGUUAAUAUUACUAAUAUUCUGGAAAUUUUGAAAGUUAAACAUAUGGCAACAAAUACAUCUUCAACAAACUAUGUAGCAUUAUUGAUGUUACGAAUACAAACUGCAAAAUUUGCCAUUACUUUAAUAAAGAAUCAGUGGUAUAAGAAAGAUAUUAACAUACAAAAUAUUAAUACCAUAUAUGAUUUACUUGGAAUAUAUCAUCAAGAGACUAAUACUGCAACUGAAAAUUCUGCUCUAAAUUCUAUAUAUAAGAUUCAGAAUCUAAGACAAGACUCAUUAGGUCGAAAGUUAACAACAUUAGCUGCUGAAUUUAAUUUAACACAUGUUUCAGCUACUAUGUGGGGUUUAAUUGAACAAGUAGAGCAAAUAGAGCAAUUAAAUAUUAAUAGCACAAGCGAUAAUCGAUCUCAAGAAAUAGUUCAAAAUCUAUCACAAGCAAGUGCAAAAGGAAAACCUGCUAAAAGAUUGAAGUCAUGUGUUGAAAAUAAUUCAAAGAAAUCUAAUAGUAAACAAAUAAAUACUAAUGUUUGUUUUGGAGAUGCUUAUAUAUGUCAAAAUUGUUCUGCGAAUGGACAUAAUGCAAGAAGUUAUACUACGCUAUGCAAAAUUUACAAAGAAAAUGGGCAUACUUAUUUACACUGUCAAAAUAAAGAGAAUGUUUAA